AUGGAAAAGUACCCAUAUGAGUAUAUUCCUGGUCCUGAAUGCUUGAACAAAUACUAUCAGCAUGGAUCAAUUGUAUCGAAGCCCGUGCACUUUAUAUCAAUUCUCAGUAAAGUAGCAUAUACUAAAAACGAUAAAUGCCUGUUCCAUUUCGAUAACUUCACCAAUGGUAAAGCUGGAUUGAACACUUACUGUGGGAAGAUAAAAAAUAAAAGCUUUGAAUGCGAUGUAUUACUCCGAAUGGUUCUUUCUUCGUUAUUCGAGAAGUUGGGCAUGCAAAUAGCCGGUUUGGACUAUUCAUCUGAUUUCGUGUUAGAAGAAUUAGAGAAGCGCUACAUGGGAAUGAUAAGCGUGAAAGGGUUGUUUAUCACUGCUUAUGAUAAAGCAUCUCUACAGAUUCAUGAACUGAAACUUUUGGAUUUAAAAUCCUACUUUGACCAAUCCACUGCAGAUGAAUAUAAGCUACUCAAGCCUUCGAUCGAAAAGCUGUUUAGAAACCUAUUGAAAAGAGAAAAACGAAACGCUGAUUUUCAAUUCAAGAGCCUGACUAGUUACUGUACUGAAAUGCAGUCGUACCUCGAUUCUUUGGUUCUACAAGAAGCACCCCCCACCAGGUUACUUCCGAAAGAAAAUACAGCUAUCGUGAAUCCGUUGUUCCAGUUGGGUUUACAAAGAGAGGUGAAUAACGACAGUUUCAAUGAAUUUGAUUCCCAAACCCAACAGCAUAAUAUAGAUACAUUACCUCUUCAAUCAAUUAGUUCCAAUCCUGAUGGAGAAGCAGAUCAAGUCGCGAAAGAAUCCACUAAAACUGCCAUCGAAAGUGAUACGCCUCAAUUCAGUUCUUUAGAACAGAAUCCUUGCAAUGAUUCCAUAAUACAAAGCGCAAAAGAACAAAAGAGGCCAAUAGGGAGCAACAAAGGUAUGUCAACUUCUGAUUUUAUUUCAAGUGGGACUGUAAAAAAAAUUAAACUUACAGAUCUGGGCGCCUUGACCCAUCAUCGGCAAGUAACCAGGCAGGACCUGGAUAUUUCUUCAUAUCAAUUACCAUAUGAUCCUAUUAUCUCAUCUCAGUCUCAGUUUGAGCAACCACGAACAAUACAAGAAGAAGGGUCUGAUCCGUUUGAUUUAAAACCUGACUCGAUCUCCAAAGCAAUAACUGAUAGGCUCUAUCAUAUCUCUGAUGGUAAAAUUCUCGGAUUUAUACCGAAUCAAUAUCUUGAUCCUGAAUCUUCGCUUAUAGAAGAUGAUUUUCUUCUAAUUUAUGUUUAUACAUAUGAACUACCUCUCCUUUCAGCAGUUUUUGUACCGGAGUACAAUUGUUACGAGAUAGCCAUCACCAACGUUGCUAAAUUUUUCAGUAAGAUCGGGGUUCGUUCCUACCCACACUCAAUAAAGAACUCGCUGCUUGAAUUGAAGGAACUGAUAGACAAUAAUCGAUACGACAUAACCAUUUACAAGAAGGAAUUUACUAUUGGAGCAGCAAAAUCAAGUAAAUGGGCUCUCAAGGACGUGGUCCUCAGAUCUGCUCUUCCUACUCCAAAGGAAGUCACCUUCACAGAGAACAAGUUUCCACUAGUACGUGUCUCCAACAUUGUUCCUUCAGCGAGUUCGAGGUACUACACAGUUAUUGGACUUGCGGUCACCGUGAAAUAUACAGGAGGUAAAACGCUAGUUCUGUCUUUUACAGAUUUUACGGCUAACCCCAAAGUCAACUAUGGGUACGAUUCCUUUUUGGGUAGUUUCCAGGAAAGAAUACCAGAGAAUGAGCACGUUCAUGCAUUGAUAUAUCUAAAUCGGGUGGAAUCAUUAAACGAAAAACUCCAAUCAAUAAUCAAGAUGGGUUUAAUGGAAUGUGCAGAUAAAGGCAACAGUAAUAUUACCCAUCGAAGUAUCAUAUUCAAAUUCACUGUUAAAUGUCAAUUAUUUCAAGGUAAGCUAAACACUGUUAUACUUGACGCCGAUCCCAUUACUCCUACCACGCCAGUUACCACUGAGGAAUACAAGUUAUUGAAGCCUCUAAGAAAUAAAAUAUUUAAACGGAUGCCAUCAGAGGUCAUACAACUGUACACGUUAACCAUGAGUCGCUUCUUGCCAAUAUCCAAGAAUAGAAUGUCUGAGAAUCCGCAACUGCUACAGGAACAAGCUUUCUAUGACUCUGCCGGUUCCUCAGAAGACCCAAAAGACGAUUCAAUUGCCAAGCUUGAGAACCAAUUGAAGAGGGAAGGUGUUGACAAAAUAGAAGAAGACGCUGCUACUCGUCCCAUUGAGCUAUUUGGUACCCGAAAUCCUAAAACUGUUGACAUUAUUGAUAUUAAGAAUAACGUGCAAAUGGAUCACAAAGACAUCAAAGUUACUGCUAAAAUUUUAAGUAUUUUCGACAAUGGUAACAAUGUGACUAUAUACCUUACUCGUAGUGGCAUGGUCGGUACUCAAUGUACAAUUGAAAACCCUUUCGAAGAACUUCUUAAGGUGCAAAUCUGGGGGAGACAGAACUUGACACUUUUCUUCGGGAAUCCAAAUUAUAGUUAUAAGAGGGAAGAACUGACCGCCUGCAUCGGUUCUAUUGUGGACUUCACAUUGAUACCUAGAGUUCUGCGCGUCAAUGAGUAUUUAUACAUCAAAAUAUGGUGUCCUAUUUAUGCAACAUUGGAGAGCUUACUGAUUCACAGCAGAUUGGAGUAUGAUAACGACACACUCAAAUACGAAAACCUCUCCGAUAUUGAUUAA